AAUGCAAUGCGUAGGAAGAAUAAGCAUUAGUGUGAGAAAGGAAUGGGUAAUUUAGUUUCUUCCUUGGUAGGGGGUUCCGGGAGCUACGCGGAGUCGCCGGAGAAUUCUCGCGUGCAAGCCUUCCACUCAUCGCCGCGCUGGCACCUCUACUUCAACCAGAUCAAAGACUCUCCUAAGCUCGUUGUCAUAGAUUUCUCCGCCUCGUGGUGCGGUCCUUGCAAAUUCAUAGAGCCAGCCAUUCACGCCAUGUCGCAAAACUUCACCGACGUUGACUUCGUCAAGAUCGACGUCGACGAAUUAUCUGAGGUGGCGCAGGAGUACGGUGUGCAGGCGAUGCCGACGUUCGUGCUGUUGAAGAAAGGGAAGGAAAUUGACAAUGUUGUUGGCGCCAAGAAGGAGGAGCUCGAAAAGAAAAUUGAGAAGCAUCGAGCUGCGUAAUCUUUGCAUAUUCUAUUCACCUAUCACCUAUAUAUGUAUGUAUCUAUCAUCUAUCUUUCUUUUCAACCAAAAUAAAACGACUAUAAAUAUGCCUAUGCCUUCCAUCAUUAUCUACUUCUUACAUUUUCAAUUGUUCAGUUGCUUAUGUGCAUAACAAGAUCAUCUCUGUUUUUUUA